UGCGUUACGUGCAGCCGUGCGUCACUAUCGCGUGAUGAGACUUGUGGCUUUGGGAUUUUCAGUAAAACAGGAAGCUUGGAGCCUGCAGGUGACAGUUUUGCGGAAGGUAUUCCUGUAGUACUCUACAUUGCCUUGACCUCGUCAAGAAAAAAGUGGAGUUGACUAUAUUCGACCAUGUCUUACAGUACUGGCCAGGAUCCAGCUCAGCUUGCCCAGACCAUAUCAGGCAAUAUUCAGAAAAUCACACAAAGCUCUUCUGAAAUACAAAGGAUAGUAAAUCAACUUGGAACUGUACAAGACACAGCAGAACUUAGAAAUCGUCUCCAAGAGAAGAUACAAUAUGCACAUAAAAUUGCCAAAGACACAGACAGAUGCCUCAAAGACUAUGCUUCACUGCCUUUAGAAAGUGAUCAGCGACAGAGAAAAUUGCAGAAAGAUCGACUUGUGAGUGAGUUCAGUUCAGUACUUAACAAUUUUCAGAAGAUCCAAAGACAAGCUGCAGAAAAAGAAAAGGAGUUUGUGGCCAGAGUUCGCGCAGGAUCCAGAGUUUCUGGAGGUUUUCCUGAUGAUAGUCAGAAGGAAGGGUCACUGCUCACUUGGGAAAAUGAGGGGCAACCACAGGCAACAAUGCAAGAAGAAGAAAUCACAGAAGACGAUCUUCAUCUGAUAGAAGAAAGGGAGACGGCCAUACGACAGCUUGAGGAGGAUAUUCAGGGCAUAAAUGACAUCUUUAAAGACUUGGGCAUGAUGGUUCAUGAGCAAGGUGAAAUGAUUGACAGUAUAGAAGCCAAUGUGGAAAAUGCAGAUGUCCAUGUUCAGCAAGCAAACCAGCAGCUGGCCAGGGCUGCAGAAUAUCAGAGAAAAUCCAGGAGGAAGAUUUGCAUUAUUAUUGCAGUACUUGUUGUAGCUGCAACAGUCAUUGGACUGAUUAUCUGGGGAGCUGUUAAACACUAAUGGUAUUUUUACAUUUGAAGAAAUAUUUGUUAUCACCUAAUUUCUUUACUGCACGAGAAGAAAGGCACAUUACUCUAAUGAUGAAGAAAAAUUAAUUGAAUAUCUUUUGCAUUGUUAUGGCAGUGCUUGCGUUCUUUGGCUAUGCUCUAUCAAAGAUGAGCAAGUGGGGGCUAUGCCUUGUUGUACAAAACUGAUUGUUGGUUGGGUUUAGGUCUGACAAGGUGCAACCUAGAAAAUACAGAGCCCCUGACUUUACAAUUUGGGUGAAAAUUUGGCUGCAGGAAAAAAUCCUCAGCACCCAGUCAGUUGUUUUCUAUGCUCUGGUUGCACUAAAUGGAUUAAGUUGAUAAUUGGUUCCUAUAGGUUACCGCACCAAUGCAAUUUUGCAGCUGGGUUCAUAACUGAGUACCAUUAUAACCUUGAAUGCCAUUUGCAAUCUGUAUCUUGCCUCACAUGCACUAUUACUCUAUUGUUAAAGGAGUCAAAGAUAACAUUGCCAACAAUUUUGCUGCUGCUUGUAAAAAAAAAAAGAAGUAGGCUUAUUCACUAACCAGCCUUUGUUAGUUUAUUGGAUCUGUUAUCCAGAAUGCCUGGGACUUGGGGUUUUCCAGAUAAAAGAUCUUUCCAUAAUGCUGAAAAUCAUAUAAACAUUAAACACAAUAGGAAUGCUUUGCCUCCAAUAAUAUUAAUUAUAUCUUAGUUGGGAUCAAUAACAAGGUUCUGUUUUAUUAUUACAGAGGAAAAGGAAAUCAUUUUUCAAAAUUAGUCACCAUUUUAAAAAAAUAAUUCUAUGGGAGGUGGCCCUUUUGUAAUUCUGAGCUGAUGAAUAAAUCUCCAUAAGCUUUUGUUUUUGACAUUUAUAAUUAUGAAGUGUAAACCCUACUAAAAAUACAAGAAAUGUUGUCACUCAAAGCUAUGCUGUAAGAAAGCAAGAGUGUGCAAUAUACUAGACUACCUAAUUAUAAUUUUUACAAGUUCGGUUUCCUGGAGCAGCCAGAAAUAUACCCCCCCAAAAAAAGUAUGCUUAACUUUAUUGAAAAAUUAAAUUGUGAUGGUUGCUAUAUUGCACUGCACUCUUGCAGUUUUGCACAUAUUCUAGUGCACAAGUGCCACGGUUUUUUGCCUUUGUAAAUUCGGUAACAAAUGGUAAAGGUUUAAAGUAGCUCUUCUCUGUUUUAAUGAGUUUGUUGUAUUCUUCCAUACAAUUGUCUUGUAUGGGGAAGGCAUUUAUCUCUCAGCUGAAAACAAAAAAAUGUAAUGUACUGUUUAUUGAAUGUACACUUUAUUGAUUAUAAUACAUGUUUAUCCAUCAGACCAAGGGGAAACUAUUUCUGUACAAGCCAAUACAAAUAGCACUAUUAAAAUAUAACAAAGAUGUUUACUUUCAUUCAUGUUUUCCAUGAUAUGUAUUAUAUUGUAUACACUUGUGAGUUUUUCAGCCUGUGCUUUAGCAUCAGAACUUAGUAAUACAAAUGUAAUGUGUGAUAUGUCCUCUGUAACAACAGGAGGAGGGUAUAGACCAUGAUAUCUAUCCUGAAGUUCUUUGUCGGGUGCUGACUCCUUCCAUCCCCAACUGAAGAUCAUGAGUUAGAUUAGACAGAGCAGCAUAUAAAAUGGUCAGCCUUCUCCACAUCAGUUGUUAUGUAAAUAUAAACUAUAGUAUGCCCCCUCCCCCCAAUCCAGCCUUAUUAAAAGAGGGAAUGCUGGCGAUUGUAGUUCUACAGCAUCUAAAAUACUAUCAAAAACACUUUACUAGCAUAUAUAGUUAUAAAAAGGUUCAGAUACAGAUAUUUGUGUUCUCUUUGCAAAAUAUUUACUGUGACACUCCUCUAGUGAUGUUUUGUUUUUUUAAAUCUCUACUUAAGUUCUUUUAACUAAACCAUUUUUAUUGCUCUUUACCGUUUUAUAUUUUUAUCUGGUGUUGCAAAAUAAUUUACAAUAAGAAUGUGUGUUAGGCAAAGUGCAUCACAUAGGGGCAGAUUUAUCAAAACACGAGUUCGAAAAAUUCGGAUUGGAAACGAAAAUUUCUGAAGAUCGCAAAUAGCACGAAAAUGCUUCCGAAAAAAUCGUAUUAGUCACGAUAAUAUCAUAUUGGCGAUCCGAAAGUCACAACAUUUUUGUACCGAACGAUUGUAAACAGCGGCAGAACCUUCCCAAAUUUUUCACGCUAGUGUACGAAAGUCGCGCGGGCGUACGAAAAAGCCGCGCAAGCGCAAAAAAAAAUUGGCGGAAAUACGCUUGGAGCAUUCGAACAAACGCUCCGAGCAUUUGUGUCUUGAUAAAUCUCCCCCAUAGUGUAAAGAAAAGACAGAAUCCCUUUGGCCAUGACCUUUCCAUCAUGCUGACCCAGAGGAAGUCUUAGCUGUCCAGCUAAUACAGCUUUACUAACAUGUUUAACUGAAUUCAUGAAGAAAUAUAAUCCACAAAUGGAAACUACUGAUGUUGUUCUGGGUAUUGACACUUCUUCCAAUAGCGUAAUCCUGUUAUGGCCUCACACAGGUGAUGAGUGCAGAUGACUGUUAUUAUGCAGUACUUUCCUGGGAUUAUUUAUCAUUCCCAUUGCACUAUCCAUGUAAUGCUUCUAAUCUGUGGUCCCUAUAACAUUUGCUCAACUUUGUUAGGAUCAGUUUCAUCUGGAGCUAUUUAACCUGCUGUUAUAUAUUCUAAAGUGUGGGUAUCCAGAGGAAACCCAUUCAGAGAAGAAUAUAAUAUUGAGCAACAGCUCACAGUGAUUUCCUCUGUAAUCAGCAGAGUUACCCAUGCAUAAUGUAUUUGUGUUUGCCUUAUGCAACAUAUGGGCAGGAAAAAUAGCUUGUCCAAGCCAUAGUAUGCAUUCUAUACUUUUAUGCCUAACCUGUCUUAUAAGGACCUUGUAUUUAGUGGACAGAUUUACCCACUCUUGUGCCAUAUUAAUUACAGUUCAGCCUUUGCAAAUUACCAUAAUGCUAAAUAAAUGUAAUUAUAAGCGCACAAAUUAACAAAACUGUUUUAUGUAUAAUAUUGUUGAAACUAAAGAAAAAUCUUCACGAGAAAUAAAUGUGAAUUGUGACAAAUAUCAUUCGAAUAAAAGUAAAUUUAUUUAAGAAAAAAAAUAACUUCUGUGGUCUGAAAUUGUGUUGUCAUUAUACUUCCUUUUAUCUUAUCGUACUGUAAAAUCUGUAUAAACACAGAUAAAAUUAAGCAAGAUGGUUCUGUGGGGAAAUGUUUGUGUUAUUUUCUAUUACAUUUUCUAUCUGUUUUAAUCAAAUGUAAACAAACAUAUAUGCUUUGUCUAUUUAUCAGUCAAGUUGUUACUUCAUAAGGAUGUUUUCUAAAUGACCUGAUUAUUAAAUAUCUUCCUUCUGUAUUAUGA